AUGACUUCCCGGACGGAUUUUGGCCAGCAAACGCUAGGAUCGGAGGUGGCCAAGGUGUUUGCUGACCAGAUCAGAGGAAAGACUGUGCUGAUCACCGGCGUCAGUCCUAAAGGGAUCGGAUCUUCGACUGCUCUUAAUUUUGCCUCUCAGGCCCCAGGGCUUCUCAUUCUUGCAUCUCGCACCCGAGCUCGCGUCGAAGAAGUAGCCUCCCAGAUAAAAGAGGCAUAUCCAUCUGUCAAACUCGAGAUUGUCCUUCUCGACCUCAGUUCGCAAAAGUCCAUCCGUCAAGCGGCCGCCGAAGUCUCCAGGCUCACAGACAAGUUGGACAUUCUAGUCAACAACGCUGGAAUCUGUGUUGUGACCCGCCAAAAGACACCGGAAGGCAUCGAGCAGCAGUUUGGCACCAACCAUAUCGGGCCUUUUCUUUUCACCAACCUCCUUCUUCCUUUGUUGCGCAAGGCAGGCAAAACCAACCCUCCCGGGGCAACCAGAAUCAUCAGUGUCACCAGUGCCGGCCACAGGCUGUCUCCCAUUCGGUUCUCGGAUUACAACUUUGAAGGAGGAAAAGAAGUCCCGCCAGAGGAAGACCAUUUCAAGCCGUUGGCCGGGGCCUUUGCAAAGUGCACUGAGGAUGGCUACAACGGGAUCGUCACGUACGCGCAGAGCAAGACAGCCAAUAUCCUGUUUACCUUCUAUCUGCAAAAAUACUUGCCGUCUCAGGGGAUUACGGCUUAUACGCUGCACCCAGGAAGCAUCUUGACCGACUUGAGCAGAGAUCAAGACGAAGAGCUGGCGGCACAGUUCUACAAGGUGGCCCCGUACUGGAAAUCUCCUGAUGAAGGCUCAUCCACCACGUUGGUUGCCGCCUUGGAUCCGGCUUUGAACGAUACCAAAGGUUUAUAUCUGGUAGAUUGCCAGUUCACAGAGCCACAUCACCAUGCCAAGGACCCUGUUGCUGCUGAGAGGCUAUGGAGGCUGAGCGAGGAGUUGGUGGGAGAAAAGUUUGCCCUGACAGUUUGA